AUGCUGCACACCACAUACCACAAAGGUCAGCAGCAGACGGGCAAGUUUAAGGAUAAUAUCCGGUUCUUGCCUGCACCCGUUGGAGACCUCUUGCUCGACUACUUGGUGGUUGUCAUCCCGCUCCGCCAGGUCUUCUUCCGCCAGUCUGCCCCGCAUGCCAUUAUCUCUCCGUACUUGUGGUGGCAAGACGGGAAGGUCUGGGCUAACAACCGGCUCACGCGGUGCAUGGAGCAGGCGUGUAGUCGGGCCAGCAUCCCUAGGCUACACAUAGCCAACUGGCGGCAGAUGACAGUCAAUAUCGUCAAAACUAAGUUUGCAGCUAACGUUAGGUGCUUUGAGGUUGACGACGGGGCUAACGACGAGGAUGCCGAAGAGAUUAAGGCUAACAUUCGGGUUAUAACCAAGUAG